ACCAUGUCAUGAAGAAACCGUAUAUUUAUAAAUGCUGACCGUUACCAUUUCUUUUUUUUUUUUCAUUGAAAUCUUAACCUUAAAAUUCAUUCUUUAAAAAAAAAAAUGAGUUUGCAAAAAUUAACAUACGAUUGUUUCUAUAUACUUUUUAAUAAACAUCUUUACAAUGAUCGUUCAACAUUAUUUACUUGUUUAUUUGUAACUCGAUCCUGGGGUGAAAUGAUAAUUCGAUUACUUUAUGCAAAUCCUUUUGAAAAUCCAAAACAUAAAAAAAAUCAUUUUAGAAUAAUUUCAACAUUAAAAAAUUUCUUAAAUCAAAGAGAAAUAGAUCGGUUACAAAAACUUUCCCGCGAUAGAAUUACAAUUAGAAAUGUACGUAAAACAUUUUAUAAUUAUCCGGAAUAUAUAAAGGUAUUUAAUCAAAAAGAUAUAAGAGAAGCAAUUUUAAAUUGGCUCGAUAGGCUUGAUAAACUUGAUAUUAAAAAAAUAGAAUUAAAUGAUGAAACUAAAGAUAAUAUUGUUUCAUUAUUUCAUUACAUGCUAUUAAGACAAUGUGAGAAUAUUAAACAAAUGAAUACUUCUUCAACUUCAUUAAUUAGAAAUAUUUUUAGUAAACAAUUUAUUGAGAAUCAUAUUAAAAAUUUAUCAAAUUUAAAAUCGAUUCAAUUUGAUUUUUGUGGAGGUGAAUUAAAUAAUAAGAUUUUCUUGGAAUUUUUAAGAAAAUUUUCAAAUAUUUGUUUAAAUCUUGAAUAUUUACAAAUUAAUAUAGAUAAAUAUAAUUCAGUUUCUCCACCAAUUAAAGAAAUUUGUUCAAUUAUUAAAAAUCAACGUAAUCUUAAGAGAUUUAAAAUAUCAAAUGAUGAAUCUCGUACACAUACCUUUCGAACAGCAAUUCCUCAAAAUAAAUUAUUAUAUGAUAUAUUCUUAUCUUUAGAUUCAAAAAAAGAUUCUUUGGUCUCAUUAGAUUUUGUUUAUAUUAAUUUCAAGGGAGUCUCUUUUGAGAAUCUUAAAGGUUUAUCAAAUUUAAAAUAUUUAAAAUUUCGUAAUUGUAAAAAGAUAACAUUAGAAAAUUGUGAAGAAUUAAGAUCGUCAUCUUUUGAACUUUUGGAGUUAUCAAUUCAAUCCCCAAAAUUAAAAUCUGAAGUUAAAAUUAUGAUGAUCAAAUAUUUGGGUGGAUCAUUACGUAGAUUAAUGAUUGAUAAACCUACUAUUCUAAUUAUUGACGCGUUAUUAAAUUGUUCAUAUCUUGAAACAUUAGAUAUUAGAAUUAGUUCAAAUGUUACAUUACAAGUAUUGCAAAAUUUUAGUAAAUUAAGUAAUUUAAGUAUUAAAAAUUUAAAUAUUACUAGUUCAUCUGAUUGUAGGUUAGAUGGUAUUUUUAAAAAUUUAGCCAAAAAUUUACCUACAAAUGUUAAAGUAGUAUCAAUUCGUUGUCCUCAUUCUUAUAAUAAUACUAAACAAUUUUUAGAUAAUGUUCAUUGUAAAUUGACAACAAUUAAUUUACAAGAUAUUAAAUUUAAUAAUUUUGAACCAAUUUUGAAUUAUAUUGAAAGAAGUAAUAAUAAUUUAAAAUUUUUGGGAAUUGCGACAUUAAGAAAUGAGAAAUCAAAUGUAUUGAAGAUGAUUGAAGAAAAAGGUAUCAAGGUGGUGGAAUUUAAUAGCAUUUAUAGAGGAAGUGAUUACGAAUAAUCAAAACAAUAUAAUUAUAUAUAUAUAUACAUUAUUUCAAUUGCACAUAAUAGGGAUGGAAAUGGACAUUGUUUUUGAGUUAUAAU